AGUACCUCUUAGAUAUCUCUUGAAUUGUUUCACGAUGAUGUCCACAAGAUCGCUCGGGCUAGGCUCAUCUUUCAGAAAAGCUGUCUUUUCUCCUAGAAUUUUGCGCAACCAGGUUGUCCUUAGAAACGCUGUCGCAAAGAGAUCUGUAACAACAACAACACAAUCCCUCCCAUCCUCGGCAGCUGCAGAAAUUCUGGACAAGCAACGCCUCCGCCGACCCAGCAGCCCCCACUUUACAAUAUACCAGCCUCAGCUUACAUGGAUAGCUUCUAUAGCCAACCGCGUUACCGGGGCCGGCCUUAGCGUCUUGCUCUACGGCUUUUCUAUCGCUUACCUCGUCGCACCUGGAACCUUUGAUAGCCUCCAUGUCGUCGAGUUUGUUGCGGGUCUUCCAGAAGUAGUCAAGUACGCUGGAAAGGCAAUUCUCGCAGCCCCUUUCGCCUUCCACUCAAUCAACGGUUUGAGGCAUCUUAGUUGGGAUAUGGGAAAAUUCAUGACGGUCAAGGCCUGUUACACGACUGGAUACGCCGUCCUUGGAGCAACGGCCGUCUCUACCGUUGUCUUGACCCUGAUGAAAUAAACUGCAAAAGUUGUAAUGUGAAUUCUCGGUGCAUAUUUACAUAUAAUUCAUCAUAUUAUCCUCGCUGGGACAAUUGGAUGCUGCUUCUACCCUCCGAUCUACAGCCCUUUAAAUCGCCAGUCGGAUAUAUUUUGUCUUGUCUCCAGAAUGUCAAUUUUUUCUCCCU